AUGUCAAAACGUGAUGAAGAAUUGUUGAAUAAAUCGGAUUUAAGUGGAGCGGGAGUUUUUACAGCUGACGAACUUGCUGGUGGUUACAACAACUAUGAUAAUUUGCAAUACAAUUCGACAGCAGGCGGGUCAGCAAAUUGGACAUGGUUGCCAAAUCCACCAAACAAUACAGCCGGCACUGGUGGUUCGGGACCGGACAUUUAUUCACGUUCGCAAUGGACAGGUAAUGCUCAAUCGACAACCGGACCAUUGAGCGGUAUUCGCGCUGGUCCAGGUAAUUCGGCAUCAAAAAGUGGCUCCGAAUACGAUUACAGCGGUUAUGGAUCUGGCUCUGGCUAUGACUAUGAUUAUAACAACUAUGCAAAGGAUCAAAAUAAUUACACACAACGUUCAUAUGGCAACGAUACAGCUGUAUCCUCACAAUAUCCGCCAAGCCAACAAGCUGUUUAAAUAAUCAUAAAUAACGCCCGUAAAACAGAACACGAAAAAGAAGAAGAAAAUUCAAUAAUUUUUGAUACAAUGAACAAUUAAUUUGUGUGG